AUGGAACAAUUUCUCUCGCUGGUCGGCAUGCAAGCCAUGAAGCUCGCCGUCAGAUCGGGCAUCGUCCUUACAUCAUCGUAUGCACUGAAACAAUACUCCCAGUUUCUUACCACUGUAGGCGAUGAAGAACUCUACGAGGAAUUAAAAACUCUCCAGAAUGAUUUGGACAGUAAAAUCCAGAUUAUCACGCCCGCCAUCAACUUAAUCGAACUUAGAUCGGGCGAGGGAAACAGCGCUUUGGAAUCGGCAUCAGCCCUAACCGGAUCAAUGCAAAAAGACAUAGCCCUCCUGGGCCACAAAAUCGCAUCGGUUACUACUCUCCAAGCCAACCAAACGACGAUUCGCCAUUUGAUCACAGACAUUAGGGCCCUCAUCGGUCGUAUAAAUGGAAGCAUACCGCUUCUCCAGCUAGCCAUAUCGGCGUCCGGAGAAAGUUUGUCGACAGGCCUGCCCGAUUCUGUUUCGCCGUCACGAAUGCUUCAAGCCAGUGCUUUCCUUAUGAUCGCCGACAGCCAGUUCACAGCCAAGCCACAAACGACAGUCCAAGUUGGGCCAGACUUUGUCGUCUCAAUAUACAUGGUUUUCAAAGGCUACUCCUACGAAAUUUCGGCAAAAGCUUCUGGACACAAUUCCUCUCAAAGUCUUGAUUUCGACAGUAUCAGUAAGCCUACUUGGCAAGAAGUUUUGCAUAAAGCUCGUCUGAGACUCUAUCGCACACCUUGCCUGCCAAGUCAGGAACUGCAAAGCGGGCCGCAAGAUCUUUCAGCCUACUCUUAUCAUCUGGAAAUUACAGAAGAUAGGGACGACGGAAGACUACACGACAUCCCAGAAAGCCCCGAGGAAAGCAGCCAAACUGACCUGAUACCAAUUUCGAAAAUCACCAAAAUUUUGUACACCAAUUCUGCCGCUAUCCUGAACAUCAAGGAUGACUUGGAAGCCAACAGUACCCCAAUACUGUUGCUAAAAAGAGAACUGGACACCACAAACCUACGCAAAGCACGAAAAUUUAGCACACCAGAUGACGAGACACAGCACCACGUAGAUUGCCAACUCGUUAGUGAAUGGGAAGACAUAGCACCACCACAGCCCCGAACUAACGAAUCGAAUCGUGCUCCACCACAUAGCUCACAAUUUCCAUCAUAUCUUGAUCCUAAGUGGAUCGCUCUUGAAAUAUAUACGGCAGACGCCUCUGAUGAUAGUGAACUCGAUCAGAGUGACUCAGAGUCUAUACAGGUGGGUAGCGAGGAUUCUGAACAGGUGACGGGGAACGAGCUUGUUACGGACGACAUGCUCGGCAAACUCAGCUCUCUUUGCCUUGACCAAGACUGCUCUCAGCACAGUGAAGAGGCGACACCAUUGCAGUACACGGCCGCCAGUAUCAGCCGAAGCGAGCCGAGCAAUCUAUUCAGCAUGGUUACCACAUCAUUAUCUCUCCUCGAACUCGUCAUCAGAUUAGCCGCUCUGCAAGAAACACAGCAACAGUCUCAUCUUUCGGUUCCCGAUCAUGUCCUCACAUGUUUCCUGCACAGCGCGGUGCAGCCGAAUGAGGCAUGGAACAAAAAAUGA